AUGGAAGCCCUUCAACGGUUUAUCUACGGGUUCCCCCCACCAGCUCCGCACAAGCGCACCAAGCCCGUUCAGGUGCUGUGCCUAGGCAUGCCACGUACUGGGACCGAGUCAUUGAGUGUCGCCUUACGAAAAUUGGGCAUAGAAACAUAUCACGGUUGGGAUAUCCUCUUUGAGACGGAUGGUAGCAAGCUACAACACUGCAAUGAGUUGGUGCGACGGAAAUACUGGGGCGCCCGCGAUGGUGAUGUGUCGAUUAGCAGUGAGGAGUUCGAUAUUCUUCUUGGUGACCACCAGGGUGUGAUUGAUACCCUACCUUCAUUAUUUGCUCCGGAGCUCCUUGCUGCUUACCCAGACGCCAAAGUAAUCCUUAAUCUACGCACCGAUGUAGAUGCUUGGUAUCGCAGUAUCGACAAGACCUUCAUUCAGACUUUUGACCAAUCCUGGUUACUCUGGACGAUGAAAUGGUUCUCUGGAGGGGCCUUCUGGCUCACCGGAAUAUAUAUCGGCUGUGGAAUUCCUGGUAUCUUUCGAAGUCUUAAUGGAAGUGCCACGGACGGUGUCCAACGAAACGCCAAAUGGAUCUAUCGCGACCAUUGCAAUAUGGUUCGGGGUAUGGUGCCUAAGGAAAAAUUGCUUGAGUGGACUGUUCAGGAUGGCUGGGGACCUCUGUGCGAGUUUCUUGACAAGCCCGUCCCCGACGAGCCCUUCCCCAAUACCAACAACCCGAAUGAUUUCACCGGUCGCAAAGAGAAUCUCGUGAAAAACCGCUUCGUGCGAAUCGUGCGCAACAUGUUUAUAACUGCGACUCUGGCCGGAGUCGCCACCGCAGGUGCUGUGUCGUGGUGGCGAGGAUGGUCUCCGGAUGUCACAAGGCUGAAUGAAUUUGUCGGGGAAUUCACUAAGUCGGCCUAG